AUGCCCUUCAGAGUCUUUUCGAAAAAUAAAGACAAGGACUCAAGAUCGAAAUCUUCCACUGAAUCAAACUCACCAACAUCUGCAUAUUUCCCACAACCAAACUUGGCGUCUCAAAAGAGUCGUAAAUUAUCAAUGUCUUCUAAUUCUCCAACUCUUUUAACUCCCGAAUCAACAGGGAAAUUGGCUCCUGAAUUGACUCCAAUUGUCUCCCUCUUGUCUGCACAGUCGCAUAGGAAAUAUAUAGAAGGCGUCUUUAUGUUGUUGAAAGAUUUGGAUUCAGACGGGAAUCCGGCCGAACGUAAAUGGUUGGAAGUUUAUGGUAUUAUGAUUGGCAAUGAGUUGGCUUAUUGGGAUUCUCAACAGCUGGAUUCCAAGGAUUCAAAUGCUAUGGGCGAUUCAAAACCCUCAUAUUUGAACUUCUCCGAUGGUACUCUUAAACCAUGUUUAACAUUACCAUCGUCUAAUAAUACUAUAGAAAAUGUGAUUGUUUUAUCAACAACUUUGAAAAAUCGGUUUUUAUUGCAAUUUUCCUCAAGAGAUAAGUUUCUAAAUUGGUGUACUGCCUUUAGAUUAUCUUCCUUUGAAUACACAUCUCUUCAAGAAGCUUAUACUGCCUCUCUUUUAAGUGCCCGUGGCUCUUUAUUGUCAGAUAUAAGAGUGAUAUUAUCAGAAACUAAAUUCAAUCAUGAAGACUGGACUAGUGUUCGAUUUGGUUCAGGUAUGCCCUGGAAGAGAUAUUUUGCAGUUAUUGAACCUGGUAAAUUUACUCGUAAAGGUCCCAAGAAUGGAGCAAUUUAUUUUUAUGAUAAUGAGAAAAAGAGCAAAAAGUCCCUAAUGGCUAAAAUAACCAAUAUUACAUCAGUUUAUGCACUAUACCCAAGAAAUUAUACAGUUAUCGAUCAUUCUACGUUGAUCAAGUUGGACGGGUCAAUUCAAUUCGAUCAAAAGGAUUCCUCUAAAUCUUGUUCUAUUUUUUUAAUGCCCGAGCAACAUACUUCUGUUCCUGGCUAUGAUACUUUAAUCCGUUUCAUUAUUCCAUUGAUGGAUUCGUUCCACUUGUAUGGCCGACCAAAGAAACUUAACGCCGAUAAAAGGGAUACAAGUUCAUUGCUAUUUGGUUUACCCGUAUUACCAAAUGUUCAUUAUUUGGAACUUGAAGAUUUGGAUCCUAUCAUUAAGGAUAUUACUUCUAUUGACUGGGAUCAAAAUAGUUGGAAUAUCAAGAUAAAACAAAUUCUGAAGGGGAAGAUGGAUAAAGGUUACAAUGGUUGUGGUUCCCAAAAUGGCAUACAAGGAGUCACCGAUUUAUUGGCAGCCUCAAAUGAACUGGCCGAUGGUAAGACUAAAUUUUUGGUAAAUAAACCAGAAGUUCAUAAAUAUUUGGAGAGUUCUUCAAGUCUUAAAAAUUUUAAUUCUAGUGGUGAGUCGAUAGAUUUACUUUCAAAGAAAAUCAGUCAUUCAAACAAUUCAAAACGUUCAAAUGAAUUGAAUAGCUCUCCACUGCGAAAUGUCACUAAAACACCAAUCGAAAAUACCACCACAACCAUGCCAAAAAAUUCACCCUCUCCUCACCCUGUUAAUAUUUAUACAAAAUACUCUCAAAUCCCAGAUAACCGUGAUGUUAAUCAACAAUUCAACAGGUUGGAUAUUGACUCGAAUGACCGAUCUAUAGAUGGGAACAGGAAAACGACGGAAGGUGAAAAUUCAGGAUUAGACGAUUUGUAUCCCUCUAAUGUUUAUGAUGAUUACGAAGAUGAUGAUGACGAUGAUGACGAUGAUGAUGACGAUGAUGGGAGCGAAGAGAGUGAGCUUCAUUUCAACAAACCUUCAAACCAUACUUCACCAUUAGAUCAGCGCGUCUUUUCCCCAUUCACUGAUUUCAACAAUAGCUUUCGUGAUGCACUUAAGCUGGACAACCAACAAAGUCAUCGAAUAAAACCAUUAGAAUAUCAAAAUGAUGCAGCUGGCUCGCAUCUGAUGGUAAAGAAACAACGGUCGCCAGAUGGUAAUCGUAGUCUGGCACAAAAUGAGAGAGCCAACCAACGUGCACCAUCUGACCGUAUACCUCCGCAGAAAGUUUCAUAUAAUUACCAAGAUACUUUAGAUUUGCCACCUGUUAACCCAUACAAACCAUUGCCAUCGUCAUCACCAUCCACCCCAUUGGAUCAGCAAUACCCACCAUCCAACCCGGUAUUAAACUUUAAAAAUCCAUCUCGCCCAAUGAGGGAACCUAUAUUUAAAGUAGAUAGUCCACUUGAAACAAACCUGAAGAAGAUGCCGUUUUCUCAGCCGCAAACAAUUCAAAACCAAGGUGGCAGCUAUCAAUACACGAACUCACCAGAGCUGAAACCACCACAUUCGUAUUCCGGAAAGAAAAAUAAUGAAAAUAUAGUUCCUCAAGUAAUCAAACAAUCUAGUUCAAACCCACUAAACUCACCGAGCCUUUCGAUAGGUAAAUACGGUCCAAUGAAACUGCCAUCCCCACAGCUGAAUUCUCAUCCCCAGUUCCAACAACAUUCUGAAUUCAUGCCUGAUACACAAUUUCAGUCUCAACCAGCGCAACCACAUAUACAACCCCAGCAGAUACAUCAGCAUCAGUACCAGCACAAACUACAGCCUCAACAACCUAACCAUCAUCAUCCAAAUCCGUUGCCACCAUCACAACAACAACAACCGUACAUGAAUCAACAAAUGGCCCGUAAUCAAAAUCAAGGUGGAUACCAACCGCAGGGACAUCCAGGGUACAUCCAUCCAGUACAGUAUAAGCAACAGCAUCAACAACCACCGAUGGGAUAUCCAGCAAACCAGGGCCCACCACCGAUGGGAUAUCCAGCAAACCAGGGCCCACCACCGAUGGGAUAUCCAGCAAACCAGGGCCCACCACUGAUGGGAUAUCCAGCAAACCAGGGCCCACCACCGAUGGGAUAUCGAGCAGACCAGGGUUUACCACCAAUGUCAGCAAACGCCCAUAAAAACCAUAGGCCAAAACGUUUACCACCUCCUACAAUGCAGCAACCAGCUGGAGGAAAAUCAUUCAAACACGAUCCUUACGCCUUGACCAAACAAUCCAAAUAG